ACAAUAGUACUAUAUAUACAUAAUCUCAGUAAGUUUUCGCAAUUCGUUAGUUCAUUUUAUAUCACGUAGCUAUACUUUAGUCUACAUAAUGUACAGAGAGAAAGAGGAGAUAGGGAACAUGGCGGUUCAUGCCAACCGUGCGGUGAAGUGGACAACAGCUCGCGAGCCCGCCCAUCCCCGCACCUUUUCAAAGCGUGCGAGGAUGUCACAGGGAGAUACUGUAUGUUAGGAAGCUAGAGAUAGACAGAGAGAUAUAGGAAGAACAGAUGGAGAGAGAGAGAGACAGACAGAGAGAGAGAGAGCGGUGACAACGAGGAGCAGCAAUAACAGGAAACACCGCGCGCAGGGCUUUGCUUUCCUACGGAGCGGAUGCACUGACCAGAGCAAACAGAAGGGCACGAGAGGAGCGGUUGCAGACAGAUAAAACGGGAAGAGGAACACCAGAACACCUCAGAACUAACCGGUUCUAACGGUCUCACGGAGAGAGAGAAGAGUCGGUUUCCGUGCGGGGGUGGUUAUCCAAUUGAAAACAGUCAUUGACGAGGAGAAGAGAAGGAUCAUGGAUUCCCCUUCUGAUCUGUUUGGUCGUCAGUCCUCCCUGAUUUCUCCCUUUGACCCGUACCCUAACCCCUCCACUGCCCUUGACCUCCCCAGACACCUCACACCCUCUGGAGGGGGACACGGUGCACCCUACCCUGGAGCCAACCUCUCCUCCCAACCCCCCUACCCCCUCAUUCACCACCUGCUGCAGCCUGGUGGAGCCCCCAUGAGGUCCAAGGGGCAAUUACACCUAGACAGAUAUAACAGGGAAGAAGAAGGGAUGGAGGGAGAGGAAGAAGAGGAGGGGAUGUGUGGACGGUUGGUAGGGGUGGGGGGGAAGAGGCUGAGCGGCGACUGGAGUUAUGACAUGAUGAGAGUGAAGCGAUUGAGACUGGAGAGUCUAGUUAAAGGAGAUGGAGAGAUAGGCUUAGAGGAAGAAGAAGAAGAGGAGGAGAAAGGGAGAAGGCGUGCGGAGAGGGGGAACAGGGAGAAAGGGAGGGAGGGGAGGAGAAGGGAGAGAGAGGAGCUGAAGGAACAGUUGGAAGAGGCGAGAGGAAGACUGAAGGCCUUGCAGGAGAAAGUAUGGAAAGCAUUCGGAGAGAGAUCCGCUCAGGAGGAGGAGAGGAGGUGGAGCGGAGGAGAGCAGGAAGAGGAUGGUGACGGAGAGAUGUACAAAGAGGAAGAGGAGACGGCAAAAGGGAUCACUGAAGAAGAAGUGGAAGAGGAGGUGGGAGAAAUAGAGGAUCUCUCUCUGCCCUUCAUCCCCUCUUCUCCCCAUUUCCAUGGCAUCGCUAAACAAGACCGAAAAGCCAGGGAUCACGAGCAAAGGAGUGAAGAACAGAGGAACGUGAAUGGAGGAGGUGGGGUGUUUUUGGAGGGGGUUCUGAAGAGGGCGGCAGUGUGGAUGGGGUGUGGGGUGGUGAGGGGGGAGUGGGAGCGUUUUGGAGGGGAACAGAAGUUUGCCCAAGCUUUGAAACAGGAACUGGGAAGCGCUGUAGCUCGAGUCAUCGAUAGGGUCCUUCGUCUAUACACCCAAAACGAACCUCUACCUCCCUCCAUUCAUCCUUCCACCCUGUCACCCGGAGAGGCAGGGAACGAGGGAGGAGUGUGGGCAGACCUGAGAGAGAGACGGGGGGGAGGUUUAGCAACACACGACCAACCUCCCCACUCAAACAGAGCUCCGCCCCCCCACCAGGAACAAUCUGAAGCGUUGCCAUUGAUUACCCGUCGCCCCGACAACCGUCGAAACCAUCUUCUACCCCCCAACAACCACCCUAACAACCUAACUAAAAACCCUUUUCUUCCUCCUCACUCCUUCCCCCCUCUCUGCCAGCCUCACCCCCCUCACCAUCACACCCACCCCGCCCUCCUCCCCCCCAACUCUCGUCAUAAGGACUCCUCCCCCUUCCUCGCACCCUCCUCCUGCCCGCUCCCCCUCCCCCUUCUCCACUACACCAUGCAACAGCUCUUCACUCGUUCUCUCUCUCACCUUCAUCCUCUCCACAAAGGGGGCGUUAUGAAUUCUGAUGCUUACAUGGAGGGGAACCCUUUCCCCCGCCACCUCACCCCCUCCUCCUCUUCCUCUCAUCCCUCCUUCCCUCCCCUCGCUGUGAUGGAUCGGCUGGAUGGAGGGCUGCAACAUCAUCAUGAGAGGGAUGGAGGGAUGAGAGGAGGAGGAAGGGACGGUGGGAUGGAUUCUGGGAUGUACCUCGGUCCGGGUUCAUCUCAGGAGGGUUUGUCUCCCUGUCAUCUGAAGAAAGCCAAGCUAAUGUUCUUCUAUGCUCGAUACCCCAGCUCUAACACACUCAAGACUUACUUCCCUGAUGUCAAGGUAUUACACACACCCAGCUCUAACACACUCAAGACUUACUUCCCUGAUGUCAAGGUAUUACACACACACAGCUCUAACACACUCAAGACUUACUUCCCUGAUGUCAAGGUAUUACACAAACCCAGCUCUAACACACUCAAGACUUACUUCCCUGAUGUCAAGGUAUUACACACACACAGCUCUAACACACUCAAGACUUACUUCCCUGAUGUCAAGGUAUUACACACACACAGCUCUAACACACUCAAGACUUACUUCCCUGAUGUCAAGUUCAACCGCUGCGUGACCUCCCAGCUCAUCAAGUGGUUCAGUAACUUCCGUGAGUUCUUCUACAUCCAGAUGGAGCGCUUCGCCAGGCAGGCUGCCCGCGACGGUGCACCCUGCCUGGGGAGAGAUAGCAGAGAGACCCCCCUACGCCUGGGUCGGGACACUGAGCUCUAUCGCAUACUGAACAUGCAUUAUAACAAGAGCAACGACUACCAAAUUCCUGACAGGUUUGUGGAGAUAGCAGAGUUAGCACUGAGAGAGUUCUACACGGCGAUACAGACUGGAAGAGAUAGUGACCCCUGCUGGAAAAAAUCCAUCUACAAGAUUGUCUGUAAACUAGACAGCCCUGUUCCGGAUAGUUUUAGGCUGCCUGGCUGUCCAAUGGGCUGAGGACACACACACACACACACACACACACACACACACACACACACAAUGGGCUGAGGACACACACACACACACACACACACGCAAUGGGCUGAGGACACACACACACACACACACACACACACGCAAUGGGCUGAGGACACACACACACACACACACAGCAACACACACAAUGGGCUGAGGAGAGGACACACACACACAGCAACACUCACACACACACACACACACACACACACACACACACACACACACACACGCAA